GAUUUUGACAUCAGUAAAUUGUUUCUAAUUUGAACUGCUUAAGUGCUUAAUAAAUACUUCCCGUUUCACAGUUUAUAGCUCUUUUCAACCGUAAUGGAAUUACAGUGCAAAGUACAGAACUAUGAAUGGGGUAAGCUAGGAUUAGAAAGUGCAGUGGCAAAAUUAUUAUCUAAUGGCAAUCCAAAUAUCAAGAUUGAUCCUGAAAAGCCAUAUGCGGAAUUGUGGAUUGGAACACAUCCAAAUGGACCAUCUCUUAUAGUAGAGAGAGAUAUACUUCUAUCUGAGUAUUUAAAAGACAAUCAAGAUGCGGUAGGUCCUGAUGUAAAGAGAAAAUUUGGAGUCACAGUGCCUUUCCUAUUAAAAAUAUUAUCAGUGCGAAAAGCUCUGUCCAUACAAGCUCAUCCAAAAAAGGAUCAUGCAGAAGAACUACAUAAGAAUUUUCCUGAAAUGUACAAAGAUGCUAAUCAUAAGCCUGAACUUGCCAUUGCUCUUACUCCAUUUGAAGCUUUAUGUGGUUUUAGGCCUGUUAAACAAAUAAAAGAGUUCUUAAAAAAAGUACCUGAACUUGCACAAAUAUUAAAUCAAGAUAUUUUAAACUGUUUUCUUAAUGAUGAAUCUGGAAAUGAGAAACUGUUAAAAGAAGUUUUUCAUUCCCUAAUGAGCUGUGAUAAAAAUGUGAUAGCUUUAAGUUUAGAAAAUUUCCUUUCAAGGAUGGAUAAAAAAGAUGCUGAAACCCAGACAUCACUUCUGUAUCCACUUGUGAAACGACUUCAUGACAACUACCCAGGAGAUGUAGGUUGCUGGGCACAGUACUUCAUGAACUUCAUUACAUUAAGUCCUGGACAAGCAGUAUUUUUAAAGCCGAACUUACCACAUGCAUAUUUGAGUGGAGAUUGUGUAGAAUGUAUGGCAUGCUCUGAUAAUGUUGUCAGAGCAGGUUUAACUCCAAAAUACAUAGAUGUCCCGACACUAGUUGAAAUGUUGGACUACAAAAGCUAUAAACCAGAUGAACUUUUAUUCAAUCCACAACUUGAGAAUGAAAACAGCUGUAUAUGGAGACCGCCUGUACCUGAUUUUGCAGUUGUGAAAAUUAAAGUGGAAAGUGGUGACUCCUACAAUACAAGAGUUCGUCCCAGUCCAAGUGUAAUUAUAAUUACUGGAGGAUCAGGAGAAGCUUGUGAUACAGAACCAAUUUCAAUUAGACCCGGUGUUGUUUUAUUCUUGAAAGCGAGCAGACAAUUAACUAUAACACCCUCGGAUGGGUCAAGUGUUGAAGCAUUUCAAGCAAUUUGCAAUAUUUGAUUGUUAAAAAUACAUAACACAUAGCUAUAUAGUAUAUACACAGUUUUAAUAAAAAAAUGAAAUUAUA